AUGAAUACUGGUGUUGAAAAUGACUUCAAGUAUCUACAUAAUCGUAAUCUUCAACAACUUCCUAGUGACACUAAAAACCCUUCUCAAAAUAUACCCUACAAUUACCUAUCAUCCGAUGAAGAUAUAGAAGAUGAAUACUAUUCUGAUGAUGAAUCUCAAAAUCAGUUAGACCAUGAGAUCAACCAAUUAAUAAACCAACAAAACGAGCGGCAAUUUAAACACAAGUUCAAACAAAUGGAAAACCAAAGUCUACAACGAUUUAAGUCUCAAUGGGAUGCUAUAAUCGAUAAAUAUAGUAAAAUUGAUGAUUCUACACAAAGUGAUGAAAUCGAUAUCGUCACUGGAGAACUAAUAACCAAUAAUGGUCAUUUAGAUAAAUUGAAUCAAAAUCAUAACCAUAAUGGAGACAUUACUAAGAUGGAUAUUUGGAGACAAGAUUACGGUCAACAAUGGGAGAAUUGGAGACAACGAGAUUUCCGAAUGAAAAGAGUAGCAAAACAACGCAAAAAUGAACAACGACAAAUAUUAAAGAAAUUGGAUCUAUUUAAUAAACCAAUAUAUGGAUAUCUGAAAUUUGAAAAACUUGAAGAAAAUGAUUUUUUCAAACAGUCUCCUACAAAGUCAAAGGUACCGAGUGGCAUAGAAUCUGAUGAAUCGCCCACUAAAAAGAGAAGAGUUUUCACUGAAAAAAAUGCAAUUUCCAAAAACUCAAGCGAUUCAGAGUUUCUAGAAGAAGAAGAAGAAGAAGAAGAAGAAGAAGAAGAUGAUGAUGGGGGAAUUGAAAAUGAGUCUGCAUACCACAAGACUGUAAUUGCACAUCAGAAAUUAUCCAAAAAAGAGUCGGAUAAAGUACUACAUGUGCCAUCUGGUGAUAAUUUUUCUCCAUGUAUUGAUGAACGGUCCUUUCGUUCAGAAUCCAAUGAACUGCAAAGCGAAGACUCACAGGACUAUGAAUCAAAUCUAUCACCUGAUAUUUCAGACGAUGAUGCUUACCAGUCUAUAAUAAUUAAUGAUAAAAAAUACAUUCCAAAGUUUAAAGAACAUUUUGACGAAUCAGAAACCGAAUCGAUUUCAAAAACACCAAACCCACAACUUUCUUCAGAAGAAACACCGGGACUGUCAUCUCAAACAGAAGAAAUUUCACCAUCGCCACACCCAGAAUCCACUUUCGAUGACGAGUAUCUGAUUAUUGAGGAGCCAUAUUAUUUCUUGAAUUCAAAGUCGACCCCAUUACCCACAAUUUUCAACUGUGCAUUUAUAAAAUGUCACUAUUGUACAGGGAACAAAAAAUUAUAUGAAUCACAUCUCUUGCAAUCACACAAUUCAGUUUUGGCGGAAAUGGGCUAUCCAAUUAAUUUAAAUAGUCAGAAUAUAGCCAACACUGAUAGUGAUAACGAAAAUGUCAAUACCGAAUUUGCUAAAAGAAUUAUUGAUGUUGACUUGAACAGGUUAUAUCAAGUAUUUCCAAAAACGUACGAAUUACCACCACAAAAGGAAGCAUUAACCUGCAGCAAGAAAUUAGCUAAUGGACAAACGUGUCAAAAGUUUUAUUUGGUACAAGAACAACUUGAUCAACAUCGAGAAGUCGGUGAUGAAUGUACUGAUAAACGCCAAGUUUUAUUUUGUCCGAUUCUUGGAUGCGGAUACUUAACUGAUGGUGGUUAUAAGGAAUGGCGAGAGCAUAUGAUUACUACUGGCCAUUCUCAAGAAGAAAUUGAGGUGAAAGAAAACUUAGAAAAGUUGGUUUCUCGACCUAUUGCAACUAGAAAAGUAUCUGUAAAAAUACCUAAAUUCACCGAAACAGAUUUCAAAGUAUCUUUUAUAGAUCAAGGAUACGAAUCCAUAGAUGAAUUAUUCAAUUGA